ACGGUAAUAAUCAUCCAUCCAUAUGAGGUAAAUAUAUUUAAUUAUUGACCACGUGAAACUCAAAUGCGAAAGAAGAGACUAUCUUGAGAUCGAUGUUCCCAUCUCCUUUCUCAGAAAGUGUAAUAAUUAAACAGCACGCCAGUAAUCUCGAGUCUCGACCAUUGUGGCCAGAGACAUUGUCCAUGUGCAGGUGAUUAGCGCUAUAUAUGCCCCUCCCCAUUCCCACUAUAUCCUCCACAGCUAACAGUAACAACAACACAUCGCUUUUGGCCAAAGCAACUUGGCUAUGGCUUCCCUCACUUCACUAAUCUCUUCUCCACCGUCCUCCACCAACAACAUAUUCCCCAAAACCUCCCAACUCUCCGCUCCCAUUGGCCGCCUCCAAACCCUCCGCAAAUCCCAACUCGCUGUCACCUGCAAAUCAUCCAACGGCAGGUCGGACCCGUUCGACGAAGUCCUCGCCGCAGCCGCCGCCGCCUCAAGGAGAGAUGUCCUCCUGGGCCUCGGAGCGGGUCUCUACGGAGCCGCCGGGGCAUUCGCCACCGACCCGUUCUCCGCCGCCUUCGCCCGGCCCAUCGACGGGCCCAGCCAGGACGUGUGCAAGCUAGCCACUCCAUCUCCAGGCAACCCUCUCCAGAUCGAGUGCUGCCCGCCCGCCAUGGCCGGCCGGGAGUCCAAGCCCUUCCAGUUCCCUUCCCCAUCCGAGCCCAAGCGGAUCAGGCGCCCGGCCCAUCUGGCCAGCCAGGACAAGGAGUACGUGGAGAAGUACAAGCUGGCCAUGAAGCGGAUGAAGUGCCUCCCACCAGAGGACCCACGCAGCUUCUUCCAGCAAGCUAAGGUACACUGCGCUUACUGCAACGGAUCCUACGUCCAGUCCUCCCACACCAACCUCGGCCUCCAGAUCCACUUCUCCUGGCUCUUCCUCCCCUUCCACCGCAUGUACCUCCACUUCUACGAGCGCAUCCUCGGCAGCUUGAUUCAGGACCCGACCUUCGCGCUCCCCUUUUGGAACUGGGACCAUGAGGACGGCAUGGCCAUCGCCGAGAUGUUCAAGGACCCCGAGUCACCUCUCUUCGACGGCCUACGCAAUGUCCACCACUUACCUUCCAACAAGCCGCUCGACCUCCGCUGGGACAGAGUGACAGAGGACAAGCCGUUCGAGCGGAUCAGGGACGACAACUACGCUCGCGUCUACGAGCUCAUGGUCUCGGGGGCCCAGAGGAGGCUCGAGUUCUUCGGGCCCAAGUACCGAGCAGGGGACCCGCCGCCGGCAGGCGGCGGCGGGACGUCCGAGCGGCUCCACAACAUGGCCCACCUGUGGACAGGUGGCCACAACCAGCAGUUCGGGGAGGACAUGGGAAACUUCUACUCCGCGGGGAGGGACCCGAUCUUCUACGUCCACCACUGCAACGUGGACCGGCUGUGGAACGUGUGGAAGACCAUCGGGAACUACAGGUUUGACUUUGACGACUACGACUACCUCAACACCUCGUUCCUGUUCUACGACGAGAACAGGGAGCUGAUCAAGAUCAAGGUGAAGGACGUUCUGGACCCUCAGGCCCUCGGGUUGGAGUACGAGGAGAGGCCCAUCCCGUGGAGGAACUCCAGGCCCGUCCCCACAGCGGUGAAUGCGGCCAGGACCGCGACCGCAUCCGCCUUUGGCGGCGGGCCGGCAGAGGCUCAGGCUGCGGUGGGACCCAGGCAGGUGGACCCGUCGAAACUGACCUCGCUUUCGGCGUUCCCGUUGGUGCUGGAGAAGGUGACAAGCGUCAUGGUGCCGAGGCCGAAGAAGGGGAGGACCGCCAAGGAGAAGGCCGCCGCCAGCGAGAUCCUGGUCGUGGAAGGGAUCGAGCUGGAAGGGGACAAGGUGGUGAUGUUCGAAGUGGUGGUCAACGACGACCCGGACAACCCGAGUGGGCCGUCAAACUCCGAGUUCGCCGGGAGCUUCCUCAACAUUCCGCACGUGCACGGCAACAAUGGUCACAACAAGUUUGUUACCGGCCUGAGGAUGGACAUCACGGAGCUGCUGGAGGACAUCGGCGCUGAGAACGACGAUCAGAUAUUGGUGACUUUGGUACCUAAGAAGUCUGAUGGGCCCGUCACCAUUGGUGGGUUCAAAAUCGAGUAUUCCUCCUAGUCCUAGGUAGAGAGAAUUAAUCCCUCCCGCUCCCUUAUUAUGCGACGACCUGACUGUCCUCGGCCAUGCCUUUUGCUAGUGUGCGCACGUUCUCUUGUAUUUCUUUCCUUCGCCAUUGAAUAAGUAACCCAAACCUUCCCUCGAUCCUGCCAACUUGAUUAGCUCGUUGUGGGAAGUUAUUGUGAUUGUUAUCUACGUCAGCUUUUCUGCAUUUCUAUGAGAUUUAUGUUUGGGCCAUCUUUACGUCUGAUUUAAAAGCUUUUGCCUUCGUGUGUUUAUUUUUAUUAUUAUUAUCGAUGAAUUUUAAUUUGCAUUUCGUUUGAAUGCUCUCUUUCUUUCUUUACCGAUUCAACUCCGCGUGAGUUGAAUGUUAGGACCGGGUCGGAAUGAAAGCUCUAUAACUUA